AUGAAUCGAAAAUUGACCAAUACCGCUAAUUCCAAAAUCACUUAUUCUGGUAAUAACAAUAAUAACUCUAAUAAAUCAAAUACAUCAAAUUCCUUUAAUGUUGGUGAAUUAGUUAAUGAUAAAGAUAAUAGUUCCCUAGAUAUCUAUAAGAUGUAUCAACAUAAACAUUAUUUACCUCAUCAUCAAAGAAUAUCCAAUAUUGCAUGGAGAAUUCAAAAUAAAAAAUUAUUGGCAUCCCAUCAACAGAAAUUCAUGUCGUCUUUAAAACAAUCAAUGCCACCAAAGGAAAGUGGAAUCAAGAACUUGAAUGAUCCAAACUUGGAUGAGUUUGAUUACGUUGCCCAUAUAAGGAAAAUAAGUCAGGAGGAGUAUGGGAAUAACGAUAUGAAUCGAUUUUCAAACACUAAUCCACAAUUUCAUACGCCCGAAUCAAAUAAAUCAAUUAAAUCAAACGAUUUCAAUCCUACAAGCAUGAGUAAUACUAAUAGUAAGAAUAACAAUAAUAAUUUCUUAAGUUCAUAUAUAAGUUCCCUUGAAUCAACGUUAAAACAAGGUUUUAACAAUAAUAAUAAUCAUAAUAAUAAUCAUAAUAAUAAUAAUAAUAAUAAUAAUAAUAAUAAUAAUGGUGCCACCACUAAACCAUCCUAUUCACCUUCCAAAACCUAUAAAACCUCCCCCAUUGAUCAUAAUCAACCAAAGAAACAACUACAAUGCACUAAUUGUCAAACUAAGACCACUCCAUUAUGGAGGAAAUCAAAUAAUGGUGAUUUACUAUGUAAUGCAUGUGGAUUAUUUUAUAAAUUACAUGGUAUAUUGAGACCAUUGAAUAACUCAAUCAAUCCAGCAAAAAAUUCUUCUAAUAAAAAUUUGAAGAAAUCAAUUGAUAAAAUGAUACUGAAUAAAAAUACUUCAUUAUUCAAUGAUAUGAAUACAAAUAAUCAACCUGCAUUUUUAGAUUUUGAAAAGCUGCCAAAUGCUAACUCUCCUUUAAUCCAUACUGAUUUAAAUAAUCACUUACCCCAAAACUCAACAAGUAAUAACAUUGAUGAAAUUGACAAACUUUUAAAUAUGAAUUUAUUUCAAACUGAUUCUUUUACAAUUGGUAACGAACCUAAUAAUGAUUUUACUCCAAUGGAACCAGAUUUGAACUCUAGUAAUUUUUAUAAUUUCCAAGCUGGUAAUAGUGCCGGGGAUGAAUUGCUCGACCACCAAGAUUUUGAUGAAAAUAAUCGAGACAACUGGAAUUGGCUCGAUUUCGGUCCUACUACUGCCAGCAACUAA